UCUAAGCAGAGAAUGAGGGUUUUGCUCGUUCUCACCGCUUUUGUGGUGGUGGCCGCUGCUGCCAGUGUCUCUCUGGAGGAUCUGGAGUUCCACACCUGGAAACUGAAGUAUGGUAAGAGUUAUGGUUCAGUGGAAGAAGAGUCUCGGCGUAAGAUGAUCUGGCUGGACAAUCGUAAGCUGGUCCAGGAGCACAACGUGCUUGCAGACCAGGGCAUCAAAAGCUAUAGACUUGGCCUAAACCACUUUGCAGACAUGGACGACCAGGAGUUCCAGGCCAGGUUCAGCAGCUGCCUGAGAUCCUUUAACAUGACCAAAGCCCGCAGUGCACCUGCACAAAUUAGACAGGCAAGGGACGCUGAUCUACCAAAAUAUGUAGACUGGAGAAAUAUGGGCUACGUGACUGAAGUUAAACACCAAAAACCUUUGAACUCCUGCUGGGCCUUCAGCGCGACGGGGGCGCUAGAGGGUCAGAUGUUUCGGAAAACGAGGAGGCUGGUACCCUUGAGCGAGCAGCAGCUGGUCGACUGCUCUCAGGAUUUUGGAAACAGUGGCUAUCAAGGCGGUAGGCCAGACUGGGCCUUUAAGUACAUCAUGUCCAGAGGAGGCCUGCAGGCAGAGACAACCUAUCCAUACGAGGCCGAGGUUGAGUGGUGCCGGUUUAAUCCAUGGUAUGUUGUGGCUACCUGCAGUGGCUACACGUCCUUGCCCAGGGGAGAUGAGAACGAACUGCAGCGUGUUAUAGCUGAAAUUGGACCCAUUUCUGUAGCCAUAGAUGCGUCCAGACACUCCUUUAGGUUAUAUGAAUCAGGUGUGUAUGAUGAGCAAUCCUGCAGCAACACUGAGCUGAAUCAUGCUGUCCUGGCUGUUGGUUACGGCACUGAAUGCAACAAACAGGACUACUGGCUGGUCAAGAACAGCUGGGGUGUUGAGUGGGGUGAAGGAGGCUACAUCAAGAUGGCCAGGAACAAGAAUAACCAGUGUGGGAUAGCCACAGAUGCCGUCUACCCUGAGGUUUAA